AUGGCACCCAAACCCCGCCAAACAACCACCACCCCCGCUGCCGUCCCCCCCAGCGCCAUGACCUCCGCCCACAUCACCACCUCCGCGGCUUCUCAGCCCACACGACCAACGUCCUCACAGCCCACCAAGCCUUCCACGAAUCCCGCCGUCACUUCACCAUCAUCACCAAGCAAAGGCCCCUCCUCCGCGUCCUCGAAGAGUAGCCUCCGCAACGCGUCCGACGCGCAGGCGAUCGUGCAGGGCGUAUGGCAGAACUAUGUUGACCGGACGCCACAAAGAGUCAAGCUGAUGGAUGCGUUUAUGGGGUUCUUGGUCGUGGUGGGCGUGGUGCAGUUUGCGUACUGUGUGCUUGCGGGGAAUUAUCCCUUCAAUGCGUUCCUCUCUGGCUUCAGCGCCACAGUCGGCCAGUUCGUCCUCACAGCCUCGCUGCGCAUCCAGACGAACCCAGAGAACAGGAAGGAGUUUGAGAGUAUCUCUGAUGAGCGAGCGUUCGCAGAUUAUGUCUUCGGGAGCGUACUAUUGCAUUUCUUCUGCGUGAACUUCAUAAACUAG